CAUUCUAGUGAUGGGUCGUUCUUGAACGAUUCGUUCAUUUUGAACAAAUCUUCAAUAUGACUCGGGAACUACGAGUCCUCUCAGGGAGUGAUUCGUUCAUCCACGCGUUCGCACAUUUGUGCAGGUGGUAUCGUUCAUUUCAAGUCUUUUGAGUCGCUCAUCGCUGAAAGGCAGAAGCCAGUCAUUUGCGUUUAGAGCAGGAAAGUGAAUUGAUCCGUUCAUCUCUCGAGUCCUCUAUCAGGUUUGAGUCAUUCGUUCCUCACGUCCAAUCAUAUGCGUUUAGAGCCGGAAAGAGAUUUGAUCCGUUCACCUCUCGAGUCCUCGGGUUUGAGUCAUUCUAUCGCGUGAUGAACGAACGACUCAAGAACCAGAAGACUCGACAGGUGAACUAAUCAUCAUGGCUCCUGUCUGCUCAGACUGUGUACAUUGAUUAAGAUUAUAUGUGACUGUCAGAGUAACGUGAACGAACCACUGACAUUUGAAGACAUGAAGAGGUGAGCUGAGCAAAGAGACAAAAAUACCUUUAUAGACAAAAGAGCAGGUAAACAUUGAAUUGUUAUUUUCUCCUUCUUAUAGUACUCUAUUUAUGACUUAUUUGUCGUGUGAUCAACCUUUUGGGCUCGUUGUAGAUGUGUUUGUGUUCAUCUCGAUGAACGAGACUCAAAGAUCCGAGUCAGUAAAAUGAUCCCAUCACCACAUCAUUCUCUCCUAAGCUAAACCACGCCCUCGUUAUGCGAUGGUUGCGCUUACGUAACGUCAACGUCUCAGUGCGGGAGAAACGCGGGAGAAACUUCUGGAAGCAUUGAACUUCGGUGGGGGAAGAGGCAAGCCGUGGAAGAGCAAUCUUAAUAAUCUACAUUGAUGCAGUGCAUGAUGCAGUACUGUAAAUACACGUCUGCCAGUCAAAAUUUGCUGUUAAGACACUACAGGCUCAAGCACUGGUACCCAAGCCGAUGUGUACCAUUGGUAUGUCUGUUCCCUGAGUGUGUCUGCACUUUCAAAACACCAGGUGCACUAAAAAGUCAUCUAUAUAGAGUCCACACAAAUUUUGAUAAAAGGACAGAGCAAGCCACAUUUAACUGUGACUUGUGUGAUUAUCACAAUGUUUGUUGUGAAAAAGUUUUCAUGCAGCAUUUGGGUACAUACCUGAAAAGAAAUAAGACUGUACAAUGCCCGUUUCUGCACUGUAAUUUUCAGACCAAUGUCUAUGUUACAUUUCAUAGCCACAAGUCCAAACAUCACAAAACACAGACUGCAAGUGAUUAUAAGUCAUCAGUUGUAACUGUCAGUCGCAGAGAUUCCGAUAACUCACCAGAUUCAACUUCAGAGUGCUUUGAAGAUACUUCACAUAAAGAAAUAGAAUCAGAAGCCGAUGAAGUUGAUGUUGACCAAAUUCUUGAGAAGAAAUUGGCGUCUCUGUUUCUUUGUAUGCAGACAGAAUUGGGUGUAUCUAGAAAUGCUACAAAGCAGAUUUUCCAUUGUCUUAAUGAAAUACAAAUUCUUUCUAAACCAUCCAUAGAAAAGGUAAUUCAAGAUAUUUUAUGCAACCAUAACUGUAAUGUUGAGCAGUCAGUAAUCACAGAAAUCACUGAGGCUGUGCACAGGAUAAAUCCUCUUUAUGCUACCACUGAAAAGGGAACCUUGUCUACUGAUUAUAAAUGGAACAUUUAUUUCAAACAACAUUUUGAUGUUGUUGAACCAGUUGAGUUUGUGUUCAGUAGACCAAAAAACAAAACCUUUGUGUAUGUUCCCAUUCUUGAGGUCUUGAAAAAGUUUCUAAGCACUAGUCAGAAGACUUUUUCUAAUACUUCCACAAAUGGAUUUUAUGCAUCUUGUUUUGAUGGCCAGCACUUUAAAGAGCAUCCUUUGCUCUGUGCUGAGAAUUUCUUUAUAUCACUUGGCCUGUAUAUUGAUGACUUUGAAGUUGCCAAUCCAUUGGGAACUUCGCGUAAAAAACACAAGAUUACAGCAGUCUACUGGGUGAUUCUGAACUGGCCCUCCCAAUUCAGAACAAAUUUGCACUCGAUUCAACUAGCCCUGUUGGGUAAGAGUUGUGAUGUAAGAGAAUAUGGCUAUGACAUGUUUUUUGAGCCAUUAAUGAAGGAUAUACAGACACUUGAGAAGGAGGGUUUGUAUGUAGAUCAGUUUGGGGAAAAUUUCAAAGGAACUGUUGUGACUGUGUCAGCAGACAAUCUAGGGGCACAUGGCCUGGCGGGAUUCCAGGAAUGUUUUCAUGUUGGCAAGUUCUGUAGGUUUUGUCUUGCUUCUUUUCAGGACAUACAGACAUCUAGUGUGAGCAAGGGACAUUUUCCCCUAAGAAAUAUUCAACAGCACAAUCAGUUUGUUGAGGAAUUGAAAGCAAACCAAGCUUUGUCAAAUGUGCAGGGGGUAAAAGGUGAAUGUGUCUUGCAGUCUCAUCUCGAUUGGUUUCAUCCUGUAACCGGAUUUCCGCCCGAUCCGUUGCAUGAUUUGUUUGAAGGAAUUGUGCCAUUUGAGUUGUCUUUGUGUCUCCAGAGGCUAAUAGCUGAAAAGUAUUUCACUCUUGACCAGUUGAAUGGUACAAUUCAAUCUUUCCCUUACUGCUUUUCAGACAAGGUGAACCGCCCUCAAAAAAUACCCAAAUCAUUUUCCUCCAAAAAAUCAAUUGGUGGAAAUGGGCAUGAAAAUUGGACCCUGAUUAGGCUCCUACCACUCAUGAUUGGUCACAUUGUUCCAGAAACUAAUACAGCAUGGCAACUUUUGAUGGAACUGAAAGAUAUAGUUGAGCUUGUUGUUUCACCCAAAUUUUCAGAGGACAGUCUUUCCUACCUAGAGACUAAAAUAUUUGACCAUCGCAGCCUUUUUCAAGAAGUGUUUCCAAAUGAAAAAUUAAAACCAAAACACCAUUUCCUGGAACACUACCCAGGCCUCAUACGCUACUUUGGUUCAUGUGUGGAGUUGUGGACAAUGCGGUUUGAGGCUAAGCAUAGUUUCUUUAAACAAGUUGUCCAUAACACACACAAUUACAAAAACAUAUUACAGACAUUGUCUACCCAGCACCAACUGAUGGUUGCACAUGCCCUGCAGUCUCCCAACUUCUUUUGAAGAUGUCCUCUCUAGAAAGACGGGUGAAAAUAGCUGUAGAGGAAAAGUUUUUCAACCUUAAAACUGUAUCUCUUGCGUCAAAUGCUGUGAUGCAUGGGACCUCAUACUCCAAAGAUAUGAUGGUGUCAGUUGGACUCUGUGGUGGCUUGCCAGAGUUUGCAAAGAUCUGGUGCAUUUUGUUAUUGGACAGUGAGGUCUCAUUUGUGCUGGAGAGAUAUUCUUCUUGGUAUGUAGAACAUCUUAGGGCCUUUAAGGUUGAAUCUCUACCAUACGAAGAUCUGAUUGUUACUGAGCUGAAGUGUUUAAAUGACUUCUACCCACUUGUAGCCUAGAGUAUUGGAAGAAACCUCAUGGUGACACCGAAACGUUUUUUGUUACAUUAAAGUGAAUUUGUCCUCUAAAACUGAUAGAGGCAUUAACAUGAGCA